CGAUUUUUAGGGACGUACCCAUUCAGGAAGUUGGUCGCAGGCAGCGCGUUUUGGUUGUGUACAUGCUUAACGAGCCAUCUAACGGCGCUUCAUAUAUGCUGAAAAAUAAAUAAAGUCGCCAUUGUAGCUGCUUUAGACGGCCACCAUGGAGAAAGAAACCCCCGCUAAAAAGGCUGCAGCGCCUUCUGUGUCUCAGAUUAACGCAGAAUAUGUCACACAGUUGGCUAAUAAAUAUUGGGCUCCUCAUGCAAAGAAUAAACUACCGUUUGAUACUAAGGUGAUGGAAGAUGUUUAUGAAAAAGAGAUUCUCAAGUCCAAAUUUGCCAUCAGAAAAAUUAUGCUGCUUGAGUUCAGCCAGUACCUUGAGAAUUAUCUUUGGGUGAACUACACCCCUGAGGUGUCCAGCAAUGCCUACCUGAUGUCCAUUUGUUGCAUUGUCAAUGAGAAGUUCAGAGAGAAUGUUCCAGCCUGGGAGGUAUUCAAGAAGGAGCCCAACCACUUCCCUUUCUUCUUCAAAUGUGUGAUGGAAGCUGUGUUGGCAGGCGAGGAGGCUGGCCUAACUCUGAAGGAACAAACUGUGCUGCUGGUCUUCCUGGACCACUGCUUCAACAGUCUGGAGGUAGAUUUGAUCAGAGAACAGGUGCAGCAGCUCAUCUCCCUGCCUAUGUGGAUGUGCCUCAUACCAUCCAGACUCCAACACGAACUAAAGAAAGUUCCAAAGUUGCAGAAGUUCUGGAAUCUAAUAAAGAAGAAAUUCGAUAAGAUGGAUGCUGACGCAGCUGAGCAGGCAAAAAAAGAGAGAGUCUUCCUCUCGUCUCUCAUUAAAAAAUUUCUUGGAGUCCUCGUGUCAAUUCCACCAUCAGAGACUGUAUCCAUGGACAAAGUCCAUUAUUGUGAGAGAUUCAUUGAGCUCAUGAUUGAUUUGGAGGCCCUGCUCCCCACCAGGCGUUGGUUUAAUACAGUGUUGGAUGACUCUCACUUGGUGGUCAGCUGCCACUUGUCCAGCCUCGUGAAGAGAGAGAAGGAGGGACACCUCUUCUGUCAGUUGUUGGACAUGCUGAAGUUCUACACAGGCUUCGAGAUCAGUGACCAGACAGGAAACGCCCUGACGGAGAAAGAGAUGACAACCCUGCACUACGACAGAAUCACCUCCCUGCAGAGGGCAGCUUUCGCUCAUUUCCCAGAGUUGCACGACUUUGCUUUGUCAAACGUAGCAGCAGUAGACACCCGAGAAUCCUUGACCAAACACUUUGGGCAUCUCAGUCCCAAUACUCUCCACCAGGUGGCCUCGUACCUAUGUCUGCUACCAGAACUACCUGAAGGGCAGGACACCACCUAUGAGAAGGAGGUUCUUCUUGAGCUUUUAGUAUCACGUCAUGAGCGCAGAAUCUCUCAGAUUGAGCAACUUAACCAGAUGCCCCUUUAUCCAACAGAGAAGAUAAUCUGGGAUGAGAACAUUGUCCCGACGGAGUACUACUCGGGCGAAGGCUGCCUGGCACUGCCUAAGCUGAAUCUCCAGUUCCUGACCCUCCAUGACUACCUGUUGAGGAACUUCAACCUCUUUCGUCUGGAGUCCACCUAUGAGAUCAGACAGGAUAUAGAGGAUGUGGUGUGGCGUAUGAAACCAUGGCAAUCAGAAUAUGGCGGAGUGGUGUUCGGGGGCUGGGCCAGGAUGGCUCAGACGAUCACCUCCUUUUCCAUAGUAGAGGUUGCCAAGCCCAACAUCGGAGAGAGCUGGCCUGCUCGUGUCCGAGCUGAUGUCACUGUUAACCUCAAUGUGCAGGAUCAUAUCAAGCAUGAGUGGGAAGGGCUGCGGAAGCACGACGUUUGCUUUCUGAUCACGGUGCGGCCCAACCUGCCCUAUGGCACGCGCUUCGACCGGCGCCAGCCCUUUGUGGAGCAGACUGGCCUGGUGUAUGUGAGAGGCUGCGAGGUGCAGGGCAUGCUGGAUGACAAGGGACGCGUCAUUGAGGAAGGACCUGAACCAAAGCCCAAGCUGCGAGGAGACGUGAGAACAUUCCGUGUAUGGCUGGACCCGAACCAGUACCAACAGGACAUGACCAGCAGUAUUCAGAGCGGCACUGAAGACCCGUAUGAGACUUUCAACAUCAUCAUGAGACGCAAACCCAAGGAGAAUAAUUUCAAGGCAGUGCUAGAGACCAUCAGAAACCUGAUGAACACAGAGUGUGUUGUCCCAGACUGGCUUCAUGACAUUAUCCUAGGCUACGGAGACCCAGGCAGUGCCCACUAUUCCAAAAUGCCCAAUCAGAUCUCCACAUUGGACUUCAAUGACACCUUCCUGUCCCUGGACCAUUUGCGUUCAUGUUUCCCUGGUCACACCAUAAAAGUCACAGAGGAGAAUCCCGAACUGCAAGUCCCCCCUUUCAGAAUCAAGUUCCCCAUCUGAACUAAAACAGACAAAGGGAAGAAGAGGAAGGCUGAUGAGGAAGUGGAGGACAAAGAGGAAGACUUGACUUUGGUCGUUGAGCCCUAUGUCACCCCCAACCGUGGGCCAUAUCCCUACAACCAGCCCAAACGGAAUACAAUUCAGUUCACGCCGACUCAGAUUGAAGCCAUUCGAGCUGGGAUGCAGCCUGGACUCACCAUGGUUGUCGGACCACCAGGUACUGGAAAGACAGAUGUUGCUGUUCAGAUCAUCUCAAACCUCUACCACAACUUUCCUGAGCAGAGGACCCUCAUAGUCACACAUUCAAACCAGGCUCUGAACCAGCUGUUUGAAAAGAUCAUGGCUCUUGACAUCGACGAGCGUCACCUCCUGCGUCUGGGCCAUGGAGAGGAGGAGCUGGAGACCGAGAAGGACUUCAGCAGAUAUGGCAGAGUAAACUAUGUACUAGCCAGAAGGCUGGAGCUCCUCAGAGAGGUGGGGAGGUUACAGGAGAGCUUGGAUGUCCCAGGAGAUGUGUCUUACACCUGUGAGACUGCUGGACACUUCUACCUCUACCAGGUGAUAUCUCGCUGGGAAGAGUACAUGAGCAAGGUCAGGCCUAAAGGGCAAGGAAAGUGGCAGCGGACGGCUGUGGCUGCACACUUCCCCUUCCACAAGUACUUCUCCAACGCCCCCCAGCCUGUCUUCAAGGGUCGGUCGUAUGAAGAGGACAUGGACAUUGCAGAGGGCUGCUACCGCCACAUCAAGAAAAUAUUUACCCAGCUGGAAGAGUUCAGGGCCUUUGAGCUACUAAGGAGUGGACUGGACCGCUCCAAGUAUCUGCUGGUGAAGGAGGCCAAAAUCAUCGCCAUGACCUGUACACACGCUGCACUCAAACGUCAUGACCUGGUGGAGCUGGGAUUCAAGUAUGACAACAUCCUGAUGGAAGAGGCUGCUCAGAUUCUGGAGAUUGAGACCUUCAUCCCUCUAUUGCUGCAGAACCCAGAGGAUGGCUACAGCAGGCUGAAACGUUGGAUCAUGAUUGGAGACCACCACCAACUGCCCCCUGUUAUCAAGAACAUGGCCUUCCAGAAGUACUCCAACAUGGAGCAGUCUCUCUUCACCCGGUUUGUGCGCCUGGGAGUGCCCACCAUAGAUCUGGAUGCGCAGGGCCGUGCACGUGCGAGCCUGUGUAAUCUCUACAACUGGCGCUACAAACACCUGGGGAACCUACCUCAUGUCCAGCAACUGCCUGAGUUCCAGGUACCCAACCCUGGCAUAACCUUUGACUUCCAGCUAAUUAAUGUGGAAGACUUCAAUGGGGUGGGAGAAUCUGAGCCCAACCCUUACUUCUAUCAGAACCUGGCGGAGGCAGAAUAUUCUGUGGCUCUGUUCAUGUACAUGCGUCUUUUGGGCUACCCUGCUGACCGCAUCAGCAUCCUCACCACCUACAAUGGGCAGAAACACCUGAUCAGAGACGUCAUCAACCAACGCUGCGCUGGCAAUCCCUUCUUCGGACAGCCAAAUAAGGUGACAACAGUGGACAGGUUCCAGGGUCAGCAGAAUGACUACAUCAUCCUCUCACUGGUUCGGACCAAAGCCGUAGGACACCUGAGGGAUGUGAGACGUCUGGUUGUGGCCAUGUCAAGAGCCAGACUGGGCCUGUACAUCUUUGCCCGGGUGUCACUGUUCCAAAACUGCUUCGAGCUGACUCCUGCCUUCAACCAGCUCACUGCCAGACCUCUGCAGCUGCAUAUCAGACCGAACGAGUACUACAGCCAGGAACAGCCUAGAGAUGCUUCUGGACAACCAGACCAAAUUGUGAAGAACAUGCCAGAGAUGGCCAACCUGGUGUAUAAUAUGUACAUGCACAUGAUCCAGACCUCCCAGAAGUACAGACAGCAGCAACAGCAGAGCCUGGCUCUGCCUCCGCAACAAACCAAGACAGAUGCUGUGGUCGAAAAAGUGCCAGUUAGCUCUGGGGACCCGCAGGAAGAAACCCCCAUGGAGCAGGAAAACCCAGAAGGAGAGGCAAGCUCAGAGCCAAACACUGAGGACACCAGUGAGAAGGAAGAAAAUCAGGAUACAGCAGGCCACGAUAAGAUGCCAGAGCAUCCUGGGAGAGACAGCGACAGCGAUGGAGAGGACAGCGGGGAGGAGUGAGAGCAAUAGAGCAUCAGAUGGGACUUCUGUCUAAUUAAAGGCCUCAGAUAUUGAGGGGACCAAGUAUUGUCCCUCAAGAAAAGAUUAGUGUGGAGUCAGUGAAUCUGAAUUUGUUUUCUACUGAAAGGAGAUCCUGAUAAUGUUUCAUUUUUCUAGAACAUUUGUUUUUGUAACCAUCAGUACUUUUAUAUUAAAAAAUGGAAACCCUCCAUUGUCUCUGGCGUUUAUACCCACAAGAGCUUAUAAUUCUCUUUAAGAGACUCUAAUCUAUAGAUCUCUCCCACACGCACACACUGACAAAUACAGCGUACAGUCAACAUGUUUAAGCCUUGUCAAAAUCUCUGUCAUGAUACUUCAUAUCCAUUCAUCAGUUUCCCUCCUCUGCUUUAAGCACAACUCCAAUCUGAUUGGCUCAGCCUAUACCAGCUACACAAGCUGCGACUAAGCUGUAUUUGUAGGUCAGUCACUUCACCCAAGGGCCAAUGUGCAUGCUGGGGGAUUUCAACUUGCCCUCUGGAUGUACACAGUCACUCAACCAACAAGCCUUAAAUCCUCUGCCAUUCAUAACUUUGUGUGGAGUAGUAACAGGAAAGUGCUCUGCAGAAUAGUUCAUAACAGCUGGAUCAGUGUUUGGGUUUAGGUUUGACAACUAAAUUUGAGAAAAUUAAAAAAAAAAAGAAAAAACAUUUGAAAGCCCAAUUCCAACCAGGACUAGACUAUGUCAUUUAAAUAUAAACCCAGUCAAAAUGGAGAGGUUAAUAGGGUCCACAGCCCUGCAGACAAAAACACAGACCGGAAAUUCAUUCAUUAUCAUGCACCAGAGGUUGGUUGUUACAUCACACCUCAGGCAAACUGAGCGAACAGGUCAGCUGCACAGCUGCUCUUGCCCGGGCCAGUCUAAAAGACCUGAUGGAGAACCAUGUGUUGAUGGAUGUGGAGAGACACAUUUCCUGCAUUCAGUCAAGUGUGGAGCCUUGUAAAAGUGUAUUUUUCUGUCUUCUGACAGCAGGGCACUCUGGGUCGAGGUUCACAUGAGUGUUUUGGAGUAGUAGGCUAUGACUCUGUUGGCUGAGGAAAGGAUUAGAAAGAGAGGUUAGAUAAAGGAGAUUAUCUCUGUCAGCUGAGGCUGCACCUAUGAAUUACUGACAAAAGUUCUGGCACACAGCCCACAAGACUGUGACUAGUGUACUGUGUCACAUGAUGCCUAAAUAUUUCUACAUUUUUACUGUUUGAAUGCACAUUACCACAACAGACUAAAUGCAGCCAUAGCACAAAUGUACAUGGUUUUCUAUCAUAUGACACCAAGCAUGCUUUUCUUGAGUCAUGAAUGUCUGUAUUGUGUAAUAUCCUCCCUCUGUCAAGCCUUGCAAUAACUAACUUUUCUCCCCACUGACCUCUUGAGAAUUCAGUUGCCAGUGGUACCUUGUUGCAGUAAAUUAGAGCUAACUGGUGGGAAGUGGCUACUGCUCACACACAAAACGUCUCUGGAAGUCUCACACAGGAUCUGGGAGACUGGAAGGAAUAGCUACAAACAAGGAGAUUGGGAGCUGUCUCACUUCAGAACCUUUCCUCUGCUGAAGACUAGGAUGGCCACUUGUGGGUCAUGUUUCUGGUGCCUCAUCUGGCUGGUGGUUCUGCUGUGCAUUGGCUGGCCCCUCAGCAUCACCUUAGGCGGUCUCUACGGCCUCAUCAGCCCCCUCACCACCUGCCUCGGCCUGGACCGACUCUCUGAUCUGCUCCUCGAGGGGGCCAACCUGGGCCGAACCUGUGCCAACAACAUGAGGCACAGCAAGCCUUUGUGCUGAUCUCUGUCCUGAGUGACCAGGACCAGACUACACAGGUAUCAAGAAUGAUGCUUUUCUACAGAGGAAAGCCUUCACUUUGCGGAGAACUGUUAAUGUCUGUUUUAUGUGGAGACAUCCUGAGAUGAUCGGUGCACAGUACAGUGAGAAACUUGAUGUAACAAAAAGGUCCGGAAGGUCUGGAAAAUGGAUUCCACUCAUUCUGUUAACAUGUAAUUAACCAUGGAUUUCUAAGUUGUAUGGGUUUGUUAGGACGGAAAUAGGCUUUGUGUUCACGGUCUGUGUUUGCUGUUUAAUUCACGAUGACACUGCGUGGAGAAGAUAAGAAUGAAAAUGGCAACUUAACAAUGGAAAUGCUUAGACUUGUAAAUGACUGUAUGGAAACUUAUAAUGCGAUUAAAACUGCUUUGAACUUGC